UUCCCAUAUUCAUGUCAGUACAUGUCACUGAUAACAAAUCCAGGCAGGAGGGUGCCAGGUUAUACAGAACUGACCUUGUUCACCAUAGCAGAGGGGGAGAAAGCGUAUUGGUUUCCUGCACCUCCCUCUUCUGCUUUCAACUCCUGUUUGUGAGAAGUGGAGACAUCUGCAAAAGUGCACAGUACAGAGAAAGAGUUUUGAGCAAGAGGGGAAAAACAACGUUUGCUAUAAUAUUGAGGCAAACUUUUUGGAGCCAGUGGUUUGCAGGAACGGAUGACUACAUCUACAUUACACUGGUGGGCACGGAGCGAUGCAGUGAGCGAACGCUGCUGGACAAAGCUCUGUACAAUGACUUCGAGAGGGGGGCGGUGGACUCCUAUGACGUGAGAGUCGGGGAGGACCUGGGUGAGAUUGUGUUGGUGAAGAUUGAGAAGAAGAAGUACUGGAUGCAGGAUGACUGGUACUGCAGGUACAUCACAGUCAAGACCCCCACUGGAGACUAUGUGGAGUUCCCCUGCUUCCGCUGGCUGGUGGAUGACAAGGAAGUAGUGCUGAGGGAUGGACGAGGACACCUGCCACAGGAUGAUAAAACUAGCGUGGUCAAGCAGCACAGACAGGCAGAGCUUGAAAUGAGGCGCAAAACCUACAGAUGGAGGGAGUGGCAGCCAGGCUUUCCUAUGAGCAUAGAUGCUUGCAGACACAAGGAUCUGCCCCGGGACAUCCAGUUUGACAGUGAGAAGGGAGUGGACUUCGUACUGAACUACAGUAAAGCAAUAGAGAACCUGUUUGUGAACCAGUUCAUGCACAUGUUCCAGUCCUCCUGGAGUGACUUUGCUGAUUUUGAGAAGAUCUUUGUGAGAAUCAAAAACACAAUCUCAGAGUAUGUGAUGCAACACUGGAAGGAGGAUUUCAUGUUUGGGUACCAGUUCCUGAAUGGUUGCAACCCUGUAGUGAUCCAAAAAUGCAACAAAAUCCCUGACAAGUUUCCUGUCACAAAUGACAUGGUUUCUGUCAGCCUGGAGAGAGAGAUGACUCUGGAGGAGGAAAUAGAGGCAGGUAACAUCUACAUAGUGGACUACGUGGUGUUAGACGGCAUCAGUGCUAACUGUACAGACCCGUGCACCCUCCAGUACCUGGCAGCUCCCAUCUGUCUUCUCUACAAGAACUCUCAGAACAAGAUCCUGCCUAUAGCCAUACAGCUGGGUCAGACUCCAGGUGAGGACAACCCGAUCUUCCUGCCCACUGAUGCUCAGUACGACUGGCUGCUGGCGAAGAUCUGGGUCCGCUCAGCUGACUUCCAGCACCACCAGACCAUCACACACCUGCUCAGGACACAUCUGGUCACAGAGAUGUUUGCUAUCGCCAUGUACAGACAGCUCCCUGCCGUCCACCCUGCGUAUAAGCUACUUAUCCCACACAUCCGUUUCACCAUCGCUAUCAACACCAAGGCCAGAGAGCAGCUCAUCUGUGAGUGUGGCAUCUUCGACAAGGCAAACGCAACAGGUGGAGGUGGUCAUGUCCAGCUGGUUCAGAAGGCCGUGAAGACUCUGACCUUCAGGUCUCUGUGCUUCCCUGAUAUGAUCAAAUCCCGUGGUGUGGACAACCAGGAGGAGCUGCCAACCUACUUCUACAGAGACGAUGGCAACAAGGUGUGGGAGGCUACCAAGAGCUUUGUGUCAGAUGUGGUGCAUAUUUACUACAAUAGCGAUGAGACGGUGCAGGGAGAUGAAGAAAUCCAGGCCUUCAUUAAAGAUGUGUGCAGCUUUGGUAUGCAGGACUUCGAUUACUGUGAGUUCCCCAAGUCCGUGAAAUCACGUGAGGAGCUGAUAGAGUACCUGACUGUCGUUGUGUUCACUGCUUCAGCCCAACAUGCAGCUGUCAACUUUGGACAGUACGACUGGUGCUCUUGGAUUCCCAACGCUCCAUCUACAAUGCGGAAGCCCCCACCCAACCAGAAGGGCUUGGCAAAUGUGAACUUGAUUAUCGAGAGCCUUCCUGAUCGUGGACGCUCCAGCUGGCACCUGGGAGCCGUCUGGGCCCUCAGCCAGUACCAGGAGAAUGAGUUGUAUCUGGGCAUGUAUCCUGAUGAGCACUUCAUAGAGAAGCCAGUGAAGGCAGCCAUGGAAAAGUUCAGAAAGCAGCUGACAGAGAUAACCAGCACCAUCAAGAGGAGGAACGAGGGAAAGAAGCUGCCGUACUACAACAUGUCCCCUGACAAAAUCCCAAACAGUGUUGCUGUUUGAGUAAUAUGACUUAUCAUGUCCUUACUUUUCAUUUUGCAAAAAGCACAUUGAAGUUCUGCUGAUUGUCCAAAUGUUAUAAAACUCUUUUAUAAUUUUGAUACUUGUAUCUAUGCUGACAAAAACAAAGUCAAAUGCCAAACCUCAACUUUGCUUCUAAAUUGUUUUUUUGUCAUUUAUUUGAGUCAAAAUGGGAUAAAUUGUUAUUGUAUGGAGUUGCCAAUUAAAAUUUGUUUUCCUCUAUAGCUGCUGUGUGUAGCUGAAUAAAUGUUUAAUUGCAGUACGUCUGAUAAUGUGAACACAAACCUUGUCAAAUACGCCAUAAUGGUGCUCCUGUCACCAACAAAUCCUGUCGCCAUAUUUAAUUUCAGACCUCAUGAUUCACUUAAUAUGCAAUAAAACAGUGACCCAAAUCA